ACAUUUCCUGUAGAGGCUAACAUUAGCUCAAAGUAGGCUACUGUAUCUGACAACUGGAUAUUGUGUUUGUCACCUCCUUGAAUCUGCUAAUGUCUAGUAGACUGAUAGUUAUGUGCUUUUCUUCAAUGGUGUUUUAUCACUUAAUCACCAAUUUCCAGUGAAUGCACUUCAUCAUACUUCCUGUAUGCAGUCUACGAGACCGCCUCAACUUUGUUGACCACGCCCUCCUCAGUGCCAAGUGUUGCACCAUCUCACAUGUGCUACUGACCUCAGGUUGGCUAAAAAUGACGAGGGGGGUGGGAGCCUGGUGGUAAGUGGGCAGACGGAUCACCAUGCAGCUGUCAUUGUAGGAGUUUCUGGUCUCUGACUGUCAUUUCCCCCUCCGGACUGACUGGCAGAGGUAGGGGGAGAAUCAUGAGUAGGGUGAUUUAGCUCAUGGGACAAGAGUGGGAGGGGGGGGACACUGUGCAACUUGCUGGACAGGACUGGAUGCUUGCAUUCAAAAAGAAAAGCCAAGACGGAUCUCGAGGCCGCUGGGAAUAAAGAGGAAAACUCACUGAAGAUUUACACACCUUGCUCUGCGGAGAAGUUACGAGAAGUUGCAAGCUAACUGGGGGAAAUGGUUACAAGAGGCUGAAAAAGUCAUCAGGAAAAAGGAGGAGGAAAAGCAAGGCCGUCACUUUCAAGAGGCAAGUCAAGGGAGCUGUUAAUGCAACAUGAUCCAGUGGGUCUUGCCCUAAAAAUACCUCUGGGCAGGAGGGUGGCAGCUAUCUCUAUCUGCAUAAUUACCUGGUAAUCAACUAUUUCUUCUUUUCUUCUUCGGACAACAACUAAGAUCAGAGAACAGCACUUUGAGGAGAAUGAACCUGCAGCAGAAAUGUUUCUAAGUAUUUUCAUUUGCCCUUCCAAGAAAAUUAAAGUUGUAGACUAUGUUAAAUUCAAGAUGUGAGAAUCUUCUUGACAUUAAACUUGUAAUGCCCCCACUGGAUUUUGAUCUAGAGAGGGCCUAGUGUUAGUUAGUUAGUUAGUUAGUUAGUUAGUUAGUUAGUUAGUUAGCUAGUUAAUUAGUUAUAGCUACAAUCCACUUACUCAUUCAGAGAAUCCAUUGAAGGAUCUACCAAAUCAGCUCAAUCAUGAGAAAGGCUGAGGUGCAAAUGACCCUUAAAAAAGGGGCAGAUGAAGCGAUGGCACCCCCGAGUCCCAUCAUCCCCCCAAAGAGGUCCAAAGCGAGCCCCGAGCAAGCCGUCCCGGACCCUCGAGGACCUGGCUAUCCCACCCAAACACCACCUGUAUUUAUCCGCAAAAUGAGGAACGCUGCCGUGGGGACCGGCUGUGACAUCCGUCUCAAAGUAACUGUGGCGGGAGAUCCCCAGCCUUCUUUAUACUGGUACCACAAUGAUGACCUCCUCAACAUGGAGAACCAGGAGUACGGAGGACUCUGGAUUAGGGAUUGCAAACCCAGUGAUGCUGGCCUCUACACCUGCAUCGCCAACAACCACCUGGGAGAGGCCCGGAGCAGCGCUGUUCUGGCUGUCUUGGAUCUUGGUGAAGAUUCCGAAACAACAGAGGAUGAAGGUGGAGACCAAUUUGAGACCAAAGAAGAUGAAGGGGAUGUUGAGGACCAGGCUGUGCCUACAGUGAUGGACAAAUAUGCAGAAGAUGACAAAAGAACAUACGGACACGAGGAUAGCUCUAAUACAUCCAGGAACCAGUCAGAUUUUUCAAGAGAAUCUCCACCACAAGUCCUCCCACCGCCAUCCCCAAGACUUGUCAAAUGUCCCUCGACCUCUCCCAUGCCAAGUCGCUCUGGUUCAACUACGCCUAUCAACUUACGGAAGAAGAUUGUGUUGCCAACUGAAUACCAAGACACGGUGCCUGGGGAGUUUGAAGAAAAGGUUAAGCAGCCAAAAUCUCUUUCCCAAGGUAACACCCAGGACUCCAGACCACAGACACCAUUGAGCGACUACUCACGGAAAGAAUUUACUCCCAGACCAUCCCCGAAGCUCACCAGGGCAAGCUCAAAGGUUUUUGAAAAGGUCCGUGGCUUAGAAGAGCGGAGACGAAGCCUUGAUAUUCCCGAAGGUUCCAUCUCGGGAAGAUCCUGGGCAGGGUUCAAUCGUGCUGGAUCUGUGGAUUCAGAUGACGGAGGCAGCCGGUUAGGCAUCUCUAGAGAAAGCUCAAGGGAAGAUCUUAGGGAAGCUUUGAAAGAGGAUGCUGCUGAACGAAGAUCUAUGUUCAGACAGAGAGCUGCUUCGCUGGAGGAGAAACCUCGCGUCUCCCAAAAAGUCCAGGACAUCGAGAAUAAGUUCACUGAGGAGCUGCAGCGCAUUAAGAAACUUGUAGGUAAACCUCAUAUGAAGAAGUCUUUUUCAACUGAACAGCUCACUCUGAAGGCCAAGCAGCGCCAGCCUCUCAGGAAAAUCGAACCUAUUCCUCCACAAGUCCUUCAAAAGCUCCAAGAACGGGAACGUGCCCAGUGGGAAAAGGAACAAAGGGAAAAGGAACAAAGUAAGCAACCAAUGCAGCAACAACAGCAAAUACCGCAAGACCAGCUUAGAUCCCAACCCUUAAAGACAGCAAGUACUGGUUCAACAACUGUAACCGUCAGUAGAUUUGGAGAGGUUGCAGGCACCCCGGAGUCCAUGCAGUUAUCUGAUCUACCGGGGCAACGAUCAGUGAGGGAGUUAAGUAGAGUCAGUCCAGUUACAGAAAUCAUUCAGAGGUCUUCAUCACCAGCGCUAUAUUAUCAACAAAGGGCAGAGUCGCCAAGCAGAAAUGUUGCUGAGAUGACAUUACGCAAGGUUGAGCGAAGGCCUCCAAGUCCGCUCGUGCAAAGGGUAUCUCGAAUGCAAGAAUCUCAGCACAUCCAAGACGCCCUUGCACAAACAUCGCAAAAGGAUGAGACUUCGGGGAGAAAGACGCCGAUAGAAAUCGUAUUAAGAAAAAUUGAAAACAGACCUGAAAGUCCACUGGUACAAAAAAGGUCAGUCAUCGUGCAAGAUCUUCCUCCUCAACCUCCUCCUAAAGCCUCAAGGAUGUCACCGGCAAGUCCAACGGAGGAGAAAAUGGAGGUGGAGCUUUCUAAACCCGCCUUAAAGAUAAGAAUCCCCGCUAUCAUUGUUGAAGAUGAAAAAAUGGAGGAGGACGUUCCUGUAAAGACGAGUGAGCCUCAGCAGAUUAGUACUGGUGCCAAAGAGGGACAACAGCCGAAGACCAAAGGAAAGAAACGCCGCACUCGACCCCUGUCUCCAGAGUUAGAUUCAUCAGAUGAUUCUUAUGUGUCUGCUGGAGAAGACCCAAUGGAGGCCCCUGUUUUUGAGUUUCCCCUCCAGGACGCCGUAGCAUCUGCUGGUGCAGAUGUGCUACUAAAAUGUAUCAUCGCCGGCACCCCGACUCCUGAAGUUACCUGGAGUAGAGACAACGCUGAAAUCACCAGCUUUGCACAUUACACAGUCAAAGUGGAGGGUGAACGACAUAGUCUGCUCAUCAAAUCAGCUAGAAUGAGCGAUGGAGGAAAAUACUGUGUGACUGCUGUCAAUCAGAUGGGCAAAGCGUCCAGCAGUGCUACCCUCAUAGUUAAAGCAGAGACUACACAAGAGCUGAGGGGAAACCUUGGUGUGCCUAUGGAUAUCAGCAGCCCUAUUACAUCUGAUGAGGAGUAUCUCAGUCCCCUGGAGGAAAGCAUGGAUUUUAGUGGGCCGGAGCCAAAGCGAAGCAUUGACUCGCGAUUCAGGAAACCCCCUGCAUUCCUGGUAACAAUGAGUGAUCAAGCUGUCAUUGAAGGACAGGAAGUCACCAUGUCUGUCCGAAUAAGUGGACAACCCAAACCCAUGCUCUAUUGGCUGAGGGACAGAGUCACGGUGAAAACAGGCCCACGUUACAUUGUGCGUGAGACAGAAGAUGGCACUUUCCAAAUGACCAUCAAGUCCGCAGUGAGAUCAGACUCUGGGAUUUAUACCUGUAAGAUCAUUAAUGAGUACGGCACAAAGCAGUGUGAAGGAAAGCUGGAGGUAAAAGCACCACCAGUUGAGCCCAGUCUGGCAGUCAUCCGCCCAGUCAGGGACAUCACGGCCAAGGCUGGAGAUACAGUUUUGUUUGAGUGUCAUGUCAUCGGCCCGAAGGACACCGAUGUGGACUGGCUGGCAGAUGGGAAACUGAUCCAGCCGGCAUUGCUCAACUGUAAGAUGCACUUCGACGGAAGAAAGUGCCGUCUGCUGCUCAACUCCGUCCACGAGGACGACAGCGGGACAUACAUGUGCAAGCUCAGCACGGCUAAGGAGGAAGUGACAUCAUGUGGAAAACUCAAAGUCAUCCCUUCAAUUGAACCUCUCUUCACCCGUAAGCUGGAUGUUCUAGAGGUCAUUGAGGGACGAAACGCUCGAUUUGACUGCAAAGUCAGUGGGACGCCGCCUCCUAAGGUCACCUGGAGCCACUUUGACCAUCUACUAAAAGAGAGUGAGGACAUUCGUAUUGUUCAGGAGGGCGGCCGUCACUCUCUCAUCAUCGCUCACGUGACCAGCGAGGAUGAAGGUUUUUUCACGGUCACGGCCCGUAACAGUCACGGCGAGGCAGAGAGCUCUGCCGAACUUUACAUACAAGAACCGCGGCCAGCCAUCUCCUCCCAGAUGGCUAAACUGGAGAAGAUGCCAUCGAUCCCAGAGGAGCCGGAGGUCCCAGAGAAUGAGGUGGAACGUUUCACCAUGCCCGACUUCAUCAAACCGCUUUACGACCUGGAUGUGAUCGAGGGAAAGGAGGCCGUGCUCAAAUGUAAAGUGGCUGGUUUGCCUUACCCCACCAUCGUCUGGUUCCACAACGGCAAAAGGAUUGAGAGCACCGAGGACAGAAAGAUGACACAGUACCGUGACGUCCACAGCCUGGUCAUCCGCUCUGUGUGUCAUGCACACGGUGGCGUCUACAAGAGCGUCAUCUCUAACAAAGUUGGCAAGGCCACCUGCUAUGCUCACCUCUAUGUCACAGAUAUCCUCCCUGACCCUCCUGAUGGGACUCCAGUGAUAGAAUCCAUCACCGGUAAAACCAUCACCAUAAGCUGGAAGAAACCAAGGAGACUGGACCCUUCCAUUGACCCCAGCUCCCUGAUGUACGCCAUCCAACAGCAAGCUCUGGGCUCCAUCCAGUGGACCAUCAUAGCUUCUGGCCUGAAGGAGACCACCUACACCAUCACCACCCUCUCCAAAAGUGUGCGUUACGCUUUCAGGAUCCUGACCAUCACCUCCAAAGCCUUCAGCAAGCCCUCGCCUGCCACCGACCCAGUGCAGCUCCUGGACAGAGGUGCCUAUCUUCAGGAGGCUCCAGUGAUUGUUGAUAAGCCAGACAUUGUGUAUGUGAUGGAAAACCAGUCAGUCACCAUCACUGUCACACUCAAUCAUGUCAACGCUGCAGUCAUCUGGAAGAGGAGGGGAGCUGUUCUGUCCAGCAAGCCAGGCCUGUACGAGAUGACAAUGCCAGAUGACGACCAGCACACGCUCAAGCUGCUCAAAGUGAAGAGCGCUGACAUCGGCGAGAUGACGUUUCUGGCCUCCAACAAGUACGGCAGUGACAGCUGCACCUUCAAUGUGGAAAUAGCAGCUCCACCAACGUUUGAAACUAUCAUGGAGGACUUGGACGUCUGUACUGGGGAGACUCCUCGCUUCGCUGUGGUUGUGGAGGGCAAACCUGUUCCCGACAUACUCUGGUUCAAGAAUGACACCCUGCUGUCGGAGAGCAGCCAUUACACGUUUGUAUACGAUGAUAAUGAAUGCUCCCUGGUGGUCCUGAACGCUCGUCCGGAAGACUCCGGUGUUUACACCUGCACUGCUAGGAACUUGGCAGGAUCUGUGUCCUGUAAAGCUGAACUCACCAUUCAUGAAGCUAAAGUUAAAGAGGAUCCAAUGGAAGAUGAGCAGACUAUUCUGAGGAAAAUGCGCAGACUGACUGACCACUAUGACAUCCACAAAGAAAUUAAAAGAGGUGCGUUUUCCUAUAUAAAACGUGUGACGCAGAAGGUGGGCAAAAUGGACUAUGCUGCAAAGUUUAUAUCCACACGGGCCAAGAAGAAGGCAUCUGCUCUGAGAGAGAUGAACCUGCUUUCCAAGAUGGACCACGAGAGAGUCCUUUACUUCCAUGACGCCUUUGAGAAAAAGAACGCAGUCAUUAUCAUCACUGAAUUAUGCCACGAGGAGCUGCUUGACAGAUUUACAAAGAAAUCUACAAUAAUGGAGUCUGACGUACGUUCAUGUAUAAGACAACUGCUUGAGGGACUGGAUUACCUUCAUCAUCUCAGCAUCAUACACCUGGACAUUAAGCCUGAUAACAUCCUCAUGGCGGACCCCCACAGUGAUCAGAUCCGAAUCUGUGACUUCGGCAACGCAGUGGUGUUCACACCCGACGAGGCUCAGUACUGCAAAUAUGGCACACCAGAAUUUGUUGCGCCAGAAAUUGUCAAUCAGACCCCUGUGUCAAAAGCAUCAGACAUCUGGCCAGUUGGAGUUAUUGCAUAUCUGUGUCUGACGGGGGUUUCUCCAUUUGCUGGAGAGAACGACCGCAGCUCCGUAUUGAACAUCAGGAACUAUAAUGUGGCCUUCGAAGAGAGCAUGUUUGCUGAGCUUUGCCGAGAAGCCAAAGGGUUCAUCAUAAAGCUGCUAGUAGCAGACAGACUGAGACCUGAUACUCAGGAAUGUCUCCGACACCCUUGGUUCAAGACACUUAGCAAGGGGAAGGCCAUAAAUACAGAGGCACUGAAGAAGUUUGUAUCUCGCAGAAAAUGGCAGCGUUCACUAAUCAGCUAUAAAUCAAAGAUGGUCAUGAGGUCCAUACCUGAGUUGCUAAACGAUUCGUCCAGCCAUAUCUCCAUUGCAGUACCAAGGCACCUUAAAGAAGGUUCACCUUUGCCAUCAUCAUCUUCUGAUUCUGAUGAAGACAUUGAUGAAUUGCCAUUUAUUCCAAUGCCGCUUAACAUGGAAUUCUCUGGAUCGAGGAUGUCACUGAAUGACAUCCAGACAAGUGAGCAGGAAACAGGAAAGCAGGAUGGAACAAGUAAAUGGUCUGGAUCUCCUGUUCAAGUCCAGGAGGCGAUGGAUUGUGAUCCAAAACAAACAGAAAAAGAGGGGGUUGAACUAACGGGUAAAGGCCGAAUGCGGAAAAAGUCAUCACAGGACAAUGACAAGGGUUCCUCAGAUGAAGAAUCACCCGGUGAAUUACCGCAAAAGUCAGAGAUGACUAGAAAACCUCUGAGAAGGGGUUCAAGCAUGGAGUCAGACAAACCAGAGGGUGGACGGCGAAGAGGAGAGCUAAGACGUGGCGGCUCAGCAGACAGUGCAUUGCUACUCCGGAUUACACCUGAGGAGGGACCUGAAGAAGGAAACCAAGAGGACGGCAGGAGAGUUCUCAAGAAAGCUGUCUCUAUGGAACUACCGAGGAGGAGCACCAGCCCAGGAACUGCCAAGAUGAGUCAAGAAGACUAUGCUCUGAAACUGGAGCUGAUGAGGCAGCGACUGCUUCGUGGUGGCUCUGCGGACAAGAAGAUGAGUGGACUGAGAGGACCCCUGUUGGAAACGUUAGGAAUGGGAGAUGAAAAUCGUGCAAUAUCCUCAGAUCGCUACUCUCGUACUGCUCGUUUGGGCCCACCACCACUUAUCAGAGCUGCAUCAAGUGAUUCAGCAAGGGACGAAGUUCCGAAACCCAAAGUUUUGCGUAAAACUGCAUCAUUCAGUCAAGGUGAUUCAGAACCCAUACCUUUACACCGCCGGUUGGGAGCUCCAUUGGAGAUUCCCUUGGCACAGGUAGAAGAGAGAAGACUCAAGGAGGCCAUAUCCAUGUCAUCUCUCACUGAGCAAACCAAGCUAGACUCCCGUCCAGUGACUCCCAGGGAACCUUCGCCAAAACCACCAACACCAGAGUCCAUCAUGCAGGAAAGUCCAACUAAAACAGAAAGCGAGGAAUCAUUUAUGGAGAAAGAGACAAAGUCUGAUGAGACUAUGAAUGAAAAGAUGGAUGGGCUGACAACUGAUAGUAAUUUUGAUGAGAGAUCGAGCACAAGUGGUUUCUCAGAGAAGGACAUGAGCAUAUCAGAAGAACCAAUGAUUGAAUCAGAGUACAUGGGCCAGAGAAUUCCUACACCUCCUCUUGAAGUUCAGAGCUCUAAACUAGAAGAAAAAAUGGAGGAAGAAGACAGAGAAAAAGAGGAAGAAGUAAAGGAAGAUAUUAUGAAAGAAGAGGAAAGAAUUGUCAGUGUUGCUGAAUUAAAUGCUAAAGAAAAUGAAAGGGUUUUUGAGGAAAAGAUUGAAGAAGAAGUAAAUAAGCCUGCAAAGUCUUCUGACAUUACGAUAACUACAAGCUCUGUUAUGGUCAAACCAACACAGGAAUAUUCUCAUACCCCAGAAAAUGUUGUGUCAACUUAUGUGCCACCCUCGCUUCCUUCUCGAGUUGUUCUUCCAGAUGGAAGGACUUCAGCAUAUGCCAGUAUUAUGCAGACCAUCAUGGUCCCUUCACUUCAGCCUGCCAGUGAAGAAACUUUAGGCCCCUCUACACCUGUUGCUGUUCCAGCCAUCUCAGCACCAGAUGGUCCACCAAAGCCAGUCAUUGUAUCAACCACCGAGCACCCUGCUGUGUACUCCAGGGUAGCAUCGCCUGAAAUGAUCACAAAGGAACCAAGUCCACCAAGGACUAUCACGCUUUCCUCAUCCCAACAAGAGCUCCCACCAGGAAUGGACCUUGAUGACAUUAGCUCUGAAGAAGUCUUUGAGGCUCGCUUCAAAAAACGUGAGUCUUCCCUCACAAGAAGUCUGAAAUUUCUGUCACGGUCAAAGAAUGAGGAAAAAGCACCAGCAGACUCUACAGAGUCAGGUGAGGAGAUAUACAGACCUGGGCCAAUUGGUGCACCAUUGGAAUUAUCACAGAGGAGACUUGAAGAGAAAUCAAAGUCAGUCCAAGACCUUCGUGAAGCUCAAAAGGACCAAGGUUUUAUGAGAAGGCUCUCUUUGCGCCUGAAGAGAACUCCAUCUGCUGAGCGCAAGGAGGACACGACCAAAGACGAUGAUUCAGUUGCUUCCAGACGUAGGCUUUCAUGGACCCUCGGCCAAAGAGGUUCACAGGAAAAGAAGGAAGUAGAGAUGAGCCGCAUGGAUGGUGGAGGUGAAGCAGUGGUGGAACAAGAUGAAAAGGAGCUCAAGAAACCUAAUGAGUCACCAGUCUUGGCAAUGCGCAGAAAGAUCGAAUCAACAGUGGCGGGUAUCUCCACAAGAAUUCGCAGCUACUCAGAGGAAAGGAAAGCAUCACAGGACAAAGACACAAAGAGGACGCCCAUUCUUUCCAUGCUUCGCCGUUCUGCAUCCGAGAACCGUGGUCCAAAGGUUCCCAGUGUUCCUCAGAACCAGCUGGCAUCUCAGGCCAGCAAUGGUGCCUCAACAGAGUCCCUAGACUCUAUGUCCAGCCUCAAGUCCGACACAUCAAAGGGUGUGGAGGCUGAGCGCAGAUCCCGCUGGGAUCGAUGGGGUCUGACCAGAGGGAGGCGGGACAAGACAGUAUCACAGCCUGACAUACCAUCAGCAAUCUCCCGAGACAAUAGUUCCCUACGUUCACGCCAGUACUCCAAACUGGCUUCUGAUUUCCCUCCAGUAUUCCACAUCAAGCUGAGAGAUCAUGUCCUCCUGGAGGGGGAUCCAGUCACACUCAGCUGUUUGCCAGCAGGCAGCCCCCACCCACACAUCACCUGGAUGAAAGAUAAGAAGCCCCUGGAGAUUGAUGCUAGGAUGAACAUGAUCGCCUGCCCUGAUGGCCGGCAGCUACUGAUGAUCAUGCAGACCACCAAAAAGGAUGCAGGGGUCUAUGAAUGUGUUGCUACAAACCCCCUGGCCACCGUGUCCAGCUCCUGCACAAUAUCUCUUGCUCGUCUUCCCAAUCGUCCUGGGACCCCUGAAAUACCUCAGAAGUACAACAACACAGCCUUGGUACUGUGGAGGCCUUCAGACACAAUGGCACCAUGCACAUACUCUCUGGAGAGGAAAGCAGAGGGUGAGACCAACUGGUUGAUCGUGGCUACAGGUGUGGCAGACUGUUAUUACAAUGUGGUGGACUUACCAGCAGGGGGCGCCUUCAGGUUUAGGGUGGCUUGUGUCAACAAAGCUGGCCAGGGCCCCUACAGCAACCUCUCAGAAGUCAUAAGCCUGGAGGCUGCAGAACCAGCUAAAUCCAGCGCUCCUGUGGUGGUCAAGACUGCCCCAGCAACCACUCCUCCUGCCCCUGUGGUGAUGAUGUCAUCCAUGAAAGUGCCUCCCAUUAAACCAGCUCCUAGUAAAUCCACCACAGUAACGCCCGCUCCUCCCGCAGCUUCAGCUCCUGCUCCUGCUCCAUCUGUGACUAAAUCUGCGUCUCCGGUAACCAUCAAAGCCACAGUGCAGGUCGACGCUACCCGCCCUGCUGUUACGCCGCCCGUUACGACAGCCCCCGCCCCAGAACAAGCUCCUGCUCAGACCACCACCGCUGUGCAAGCCCCGCCAGCCAAAGCCAAGACCACUCUGAGCAUCAGUAUGAGCAAACCUCAGACCAAGUUGGCGCCUCCACCUGUCGUGCCACCCAAACCUCACAGUCCAAUAAGCCCAGUCCCCACAAUAAUCACCAAACCUCCUUCUCCUGUAUCGCCACCUGCGCCUGUCAUCGGGAAGCCUAUUUCAUCUGUUCCCAUGUACAAGCCGACUACGACCGCUCGCGUUACUCCGCCUUCUCAACCCAGCUCCACACCGACAACCACCACCCCUCCUGUGACUCCUGUGACCAUCACGCAGCCUGUGGUGGUGGUGCAGAGCUUGACCCCUGUGCUGCAGGGAGGGGACAGUCGGAGUACGCCAUCUGGGCGGAUCACACCGUCAGGACGAGUUACACCUUCGGGACGCAGGACGCCGCUGGGAAAGCCUGGAGAGGGAUCUCUGCGCCAGGGAGUUCCACAGAAGCCUUACACCUUCAUGGAUGAGAAAGCAAGGGGUCGGUUCGGUGUGAUCCGUGAGUGCCGAGAGAAUGCCACGGGCAACCUCUUCAUGGCCAAGAUUGUCCCGUAUGAGGCAGACAGCAAACAGGAUGUGCUUCAGGAGUACGACAUCCUCAAGUCUCUUCAUCACGAAAGGAUCAUGGCUCUGCACGAAGCGUACGUCACGCCGCGAUACCUGGUGCUCAUCUCCGAGUACUGCAGCGGGAAGGAGCUGCUCUUCAGCCUCAUAGACAGGUUCCGUUACUCCGAGGAUGACGUGGUGACCUACAUUGUGCAGAUCCUCCAGGGUCUGGAUUACCUCCAUACCCGGCGCAUCCUCCACCUGGACGUCAAGCCAGAGAACGUCAUCGUCACCUACAUGAACGUCAUCAAGAUCAUUGAUUUUGGCAGCGCUCAGACUUACAACCCACUCUUCCUCAAGCAGUUCAGCCCUCCUAUUGGAACACUGGAGUAUAUGUCUCCGGAGAUGUUGAAAGGGGACGUUGUUGGCCCUCCAGCUGACAUCUGGAGCGUGGGCGUACUAACUUUCAUCAUGUUGAGCGGCAGGUCGCCUUUUAUCGAAAUUGAUCCUCAGGAGACUGAAGCCAGGAUCCAGGCGGCGAAGUUUGACCUCUCUAAACUCUACCAGAAUGUGUCCCAAAGUGCCUCUCUGUUUCUUAAAAAGAUCCUCUGUAGCUACCCAUGGGCCCGUCCCUCCAUUAAGGACUGCUUCAAUAACUCCUGGCUUCAAGAUGCCUACCUGAUGCGCCUCCGUAGGCAGACUCUCACCUUUACAACCACCCGUCUCAAGGAUUUCUUGGCCGAACAGCAGCGCAGGCGGGAGGUGGUGGCCACCAAGCACAAAGUUCUCCUGCGGUCCUACCAGAGCUCGCCGCAAACCCCCACCAGCCCCUCCACGCCGAAUGUGCCCACUUCACCCACCACACCUGUCACCCAGUGAACACAGGCUUCCACGCGUCGGUUGUCGGGACUGUAGGACGAGACGAUGAGGUGGUCCCUUCAGGUUUGAGUUGUCGAACUCGGUCGGAAGAAAAAGAGAAACUCAAGAAACCAGCAGCGGCUGUGAUCUACAGAGACGACUUUUUCUCCUGUGGUUCUGAAAGAGAAGCGAAAAAGAAUUCUUUCACACCGAAGGGAACUCUUACUUACAAGAGCCUGAGAGCAUUUUUUUUUUUAUACGGUGGACCUUUGUUCAUACGAGGCGGGAUGUUGUCUUCUAGUUAGUACCUCAAGGUUUGUAACUUUGCAUACGUUUUGGAUAAAUGACUUCCUUUCUUACCGUCACCUCUUCAGUCAUUAGAGGGGACACAAGUGAAUACCAUGAAAGGCCUAAAAUUACUGUUUCAUCCAAGUUGUUAACAAGGUUCCAAGAUAAUGAAUAUUUAGCACAAUUUGAAAACAAAGAGUGCUUUUAACCGAUUGCUACACCUCUACUAAAUCAAUCUGUACAAGCAUAGUCACCUGUUCCCGGACCAGAAGUACAUUCUAUGAUGUCUAGUUCUGUGUCCUUGACGAAGGCCAGCCUUGAAUGCUACGUAUUUCUCUCUGUAAACAUUAAGAAUUAAAGUAGUUAGUCGCGCUACAGCACCUGAGUUUUUAUACUGCUGUAGCAUCUCAGUGAUUGUCAGGAUUGUAGCAGUUCCAGUUCCUUUCUUUGUUUUGAGUUUUUUGAGUUCAGAGGAAACAUCGAAGGAUUCUCUACAAGGGCUACUAGAAAAAAAGCACUCUUACAGUCAGCACAAAAUUUCUUCCCUAAUGUUACUGAAUAGGAUAGUAAUGAUUCUCUCACUCUCAGAGGCAGAACUGAUUGGUUUGUAGGCCGUCGUUUCUGCUCCAAGAAGUGACGUUUGACAGCACAACUGGUUCCGUGAUAGCUGCUUGGCGGGCGCUAGUUCCUUCAGCACAGAUAAGCUAACAAACCACCUCGUUGGCUUCCAGGUAAACGAAACUCCUCCGCUCAGCCCGGUGUAAAAGGAUCCAGCAUGAUUAGCUUGUUAGAUAUUAUGAAAAUGAGAUUUACAAUGUGUGCUGAGUCAGUCGGUCAUUAAAUGUCAGAUUAUUCAGGGGGUCAGUGGUGAAAUGAAUCCCUUUAGAAACCCACUGGUGAUCCCGGGGUGCCCCAAAGUGCCCUUAACCAGUCAGCAGUAGUCAGCAUUAAAAAAAAAACAAAAAACGGCCUCUUUAAUUCAUUGAUAAAAGGACGUUUAUUGAGACGUUACUGAGUGUAUUAGUUUUUAUUUUAGCUGUAAUUUUCACUCGCUAACAGCUCUGAAAAAAAAAGGUUUUGCUUCAUUUGGUUUAUCUAAAUUAUAGGUUUUAAAUUGCAGAACUUUUUUUUUUAAUAAAUAAAGUGAAGUAAGAUUUAAAUGGUUAUAAUUAGCAUCACAGGAAGCUGACAGGAAACUGUUCACAGAAAUAAAUAUAUAUGCAAGAUUGUUGCCCCUGCAGACUGUGCUGAACAUUAAAACAUAAACGUUAAAAUAUUAAUUUGUAAAUAAGAGAUGCUCAAACUCCAUUUUCUAUAUGAGAUAAGACACAUUUAGGUCCCUGUUCACACAGGACUUCUAUUACCUUGGGAGCUCUGGUCAUUUUUUAAUAAUUGCAGACGUCUUAAUCUUAAUCUGUGAUUAAAUCUGUGAUCUUUAUCCCGUGUUAAUCUGCCAUGUCCGUAAUACCACAUUUCACCAAACACCAAAGUCGUGUUAGUCUCUUUGAAUCGGCAUCUCUGUGAUUAAGGGUUGUAUUUUUAAAACAUCUGAAGUAAGAAAUUUGAUCUCAGCUUGUAAUAUAUGCGCAGCAGUAAACAGCUGUACUGUGAAAUUGGCAAUAUUGACAUUUAAAAUGCGUGGCAGAGAAGGUUUGAAGGAAGAGUACAGCCAUAAAGCAUCUUUUGCUUCAUUUAAAUGAGCUGCAAAUGUAUAUUUGUGCUUCUAACACAUGCAGAAAAUUGGCAAAUCAACUCUUAACCUUGUUUAUAAUGUGGCUGCUGAAGAAACACUUCGAUAUAAGAAGCCUCGACAUCAUAUCCAGGAGAUAAUGUCAGUAAAUCAGAGUACAUGCUUCUCACAAAACACAAACGUGAGGUGGUAAUUUCGUCUGCCUGGUAAUACCAGUCCUGUCCAAAUAGGGUUUUAACCAAUCAAUUAAAAUAACAGAAAUUAAAAUAGGUGUAUGUUCAUCAUCUCUCUGGUUUUAGUCCCAUAAAACUCUUAACUUUCCUUUCAGACGACACGACUGAAGACUGCAGUUGGACACAUAAUGAAAAUUGUCUCUUGGUUGAAAGUAGAACACGACUCAGCGGCUUAACGGUGUUGAAAAGUUAUUUAUGUUCUCAUAUGCAAAAGAUUAAUACAGUGAAUAAAGAACUAGUUAGUUUAGUCUGUUUCCAGAUAUAUUUAUUAUAUAUAAGAUAUAUAUAUAUAGAAGUUUAUCCUCAGAGUCACUCCAGGUACAUUUGCUUUAACAUCGAUGGUUUGAUCUCUCCUCUUUAUUUUACAGUUGAUAAAAGUUUGUACUUCUUUGUUUCGUUCACUUUCAAGACCAGCAUGUGAAACAUUUGCACAAAUGUCAGAUUAUUUUUGAUCAGGUUUUGAUCAUUUUUACUGUCACGUGUGUUGACGUCAAGGACAGAUUUUCACACUUAACACACAUCGAGUGUCGUCUCGGAUUUAUUUUUGGAAAGAAAACAUCAAGAGGUCAUAAUCAGACGCUGAUGAGAUGAUACCCAGAAACAUCAUCAUCAAAUCAAUCUGUGCUUUGACUGACAGAGAUUGUCGGUAAUUCUUUGAAAUAAUUUUACUACUUCUAUAUAUUCUAAUGCUACUGCUAGAUUAAAAUACUGCCCUCUCCUGCAGCUCUGUGUCUCUGGCUCAAGUUUCCUUACAGAGUCGAUCACAGAAGGGAGCUGUUUUUUAAAAAUCUGAAUGAAAAAACAUGCAAGAUCAGCAUGAGAAUGCAACACUGAAUUCUACAACGUCUGUGCAAUAUAUUUUUGUUCUUUAGUCGUACGAGAUGGAAAAACAAACAGGGUUUUGAAGAAGAUGUUGAACGAUCCACGUUUUGUAUUAAAAAAAAAAUAAAUCCUACGCCGUAUUUUGUGGCAUGUGUUGCAGUGCCUCGUGAUGGAUAUUAGACACGCAGAGAAAAUAGUUUGUUCAACGAAAUGACAAGCGUCUUUAUUUUGAUUAUAUGAAUGUGACGGCUUCGUGUGUGUGUGUGUGUGUGUGUGUUUGCGCAAAAAAAAAAAAAAAAAAGUUUAUUUAUUGAGUGACUGUAUUUGUUAUAGCUUCUGCUUUUUAAUUUUGUGAAAUUUCUGAAUCUGGCAUGGAAAAAGGCAUGACAGCUGUUUAGGCUAUGAACAAAUAAAGGAAAUAUGACAAAGAUA